CCAAACCUCCACGUUCACCUCAGGCUCCAGUCGCUCACGCCAACUAUCAUUCGCGGACCUCGCUGCACAGGCCUUCGCCCAUCACUCUUACUUGGCGGCACUUGUCCACAUUCUCUAACGAGCAGCAGGCUAGGAGCUCCAGAUGCUCGACGAACACCUCGUAGACAAGGUCGAUCAUGAAGUUACUCUCCGUCUAGACAGCGAGCCUGUCCUGCGCUCUACUUCCCUCGUCCCUACCUCGAGUGCUCUGCGAUCGCAGGUCAUGCCGCCGGAUGGCGAGAUCUGCAGAAUCAACGGCGCCAUCGCCAACGAACGCCGCACGCUCGAGCACUACGCCGAUCUAAUCGCCCAAACGCAGCAGACGCUAAACGCUCUUCGCUCUACCUACGGUCGAAUGAAUGACGCUAUCAACCUCAAGACCAGCCUGGUCUCGUCCAUCCGACGCCUCCCCACGGAAGUCCUCGCCCACGUCAUCACCUAUGCCCUACUCCUCAGCUCGCCCAAGGGCAGCGUCGCGCGUCUGAAGAACCCGGUGAUGCACGUCUGUCACCUUUGGCGUGAGAUCGCUCUGUCGCUCUCGCAGAUAUGGGCCGACAUCGACUUCUGCUUCAGUUUCGAACUCCACCAAUGCGCUCAGCUCGCUGAGUGCCUGCACCGAGCAGAGGGAAAACCUCUGUCUCUCGCCUUCGAGUCGAUGGACGACGAUCUACGGGUAGACGAAGCUUUCGUCCGGAUCUUCUUCGCGAGCGCCGCGCGGUGGCAAAGGUUGACCCUCCGUGCGAUGGUCCUGCCAGCGUGGUUCAACACCGACGCGUUGCACGCGCCAGCGUUGGAGCACCUCGAGAUCAAGGAAUCGGAAGUAGAGGGCUGGCUAUGCUUCGCGAAAUGCCCUGCGCUCUCUUCCGUGGUCCUGGAGGAUGUCAAUCUCACGGUGCUAGACCUUCCAUGGGGUCAGCUGUCAUCUCUUUCCAUCACAUCGUGUCCCACCUUCGAUGCCGGUGGCUUCCUCGAGGCCAUACGAGGGUGCAAUCGACUAACCACUCUCCGGUUGUCGCUAAACUACUCUUUCCCUGGCGAUCAUACCGAAGUCGUGCUUCCCUCUCUCACUACGCUGCUUCUAGGCAACCGUGCUUGUAGCCUCUUGCGAGUCUUUCAUGUCCCUUCCCUGGUCAAGCUCCAAGUGGACAACUACGAUGACGACUUCCGAAAUCUGGAGGCGUACGCAGACAAAGGGGUAACGGUCGCCCCGACGCUCACUUCACUUGCGCUAUUUGCUCUCGAGGAAGAAUCCGAAUGGGUGCGACUCUUCGAGCUCUACACGAACUUAUCCGUACUCGCCGUCCAUGGUCACGAAAUCUCUGGCAACAGUCUGAUUCCUUUGGUCCUCACUCUGAGGCAUCGUCAAGAUCUACUGCCCAACCUCAUACGUCUCGACUUCCCCAGCCUGCACAUCUCAAGAAUGCAGGAUGUACAUCUCAUGGAGGACAUCGUCGAGGAUCGGGUGCUCAAUAUACCUGCUGAUGCGACGCCGCUGGCUCGCCUCUCAUUCAAUACGAUCAACCCAGAAUACGUGCAGCGAAUGCUCAAGUCCGUGUCGUCGCUCGAUUGCCAUGCACGCUGGCCAGUCGAUUAUCCUGUCAUCGAUAGUGACGAUCCUUCCGACGAUGAAGAUGCUGGCGAUGAACACUCUGACGACGGGGAUACUUACGACGAGGAGGUCCCUUCCGACGAUGGAGUUGGCGACUAUAUUUGCCGCAUGUGCGCGCAAGGGCUCAAGACUUCGGAAAUGGGGGAAGCGCAAGUCUCUGAUGUUGCACAGUCCCCCGUUGCCGCUGAAACCGAAAACUCCUUGGCCACUCAGGCGAUGGAUCUCGACGAAGAAGCCUCCGAGCCGGACGAAGACUACGCGAUGUGCUCCUCCGACGAUGGCUCUAUAGAUGAGGAGUGGAUUGAACAAGAAGAUUGAGUGUCCUGUCGUCCCAGCCUUUGCGCUAUCCUCUACGACACCUCACCUACAAUACUUUCGUUUUCUUCCAUGCAUAUCCACCAGACUAUCAAUUCCACACCAUCCUCUACGCUCUAUCCUAAGGCGAUUGUCAUCCGUCAUCGCAUGCGUUUACUAUCCACAUACUCUGCUAGCCGUUGGCUAUCCCACUUUGGGGGGUUCCGCCACCCUCAAAGGACCUUUGCUUCCACUAUCGUUAUGGUCCAUCCCUUCCCAGCAUUGCACCCUACAUGUCCCUAUUCUCUGUAAUGUACGCACCUCAGGGCAGAUGAAUGUCUGCUAUCUACAAACUCUGAACAUGCAGUCGU